AAAGUUUUUGGAUUCUCUUUCAGGCUGAAAGUGUUGAAUGAAUUACACUUGAUGGAUGGGCUUUUCUCCCUUGGAAUAUCUGCAUCUGUUAGUUGAAAAAAUGCCUGACAAAUGAAUAAGGAAAGGGGUCACCAGCUUGGAGCUUUGAGGAAAUUAUGUCGAAAAGUGAUAGGAGGAAAAUCUCUCUAGAUCUGAACAAGAAGCCCAGUGUGUUUGAGAGAUUAGGAACAAAGCCUGGAGGUUCAACUGGUGUUUGUCGACAUUGGCUGUCUACUUCCAAUUGUCCAUUUGGAAAAAAUUGCAAGAACGUAAACUCACAUGGUUCUCUGAACAAGUCUGAUUUGCCCCCUGUGGAGGAUUUGAGAUCCAAGGUUCCUCGAAAAAGUGGAGCAACAUCACCAGUUGCAAAGGUUGGAUCAAGACCUGAAUGGUACAACCUCCUUCAGUUAACAGUCCUCCAAUCAUCACUGGCGACAGUUCGUGCUAAGAAGGAGGAAGCGACUAUAAAUACCAGUGCAUCAUCAUCUGAGGAUAAGAAGCUUCACAAGUCAGAAAUGUCAAGUAAAGAAAGGGGUUUAAAAGACAAAGAGAGAGAAAAGAGUCUUUCAAGAUCCAGGCAUGGAAGCAGCUCCAAGCGGGACUCUCUCAAAGCUCACAAGGAGAGGACAAGGUCUAUUGGACAUAGCAAUUCACCCAGCAAGAGGAGUAAAGGCUCCCCACCUUCUACAAGAAGGUCUCCUGCUUUGAAAAGCAGAGAUCUUGGUGAAUCAAGGAUUGUCAAAGGCAGUUCUGGUCCACGUUCUCCUAGUCGACAUUUGCGGGAUGAAGGUCUAAGAUCUCAUGAGAAGGCAGACAGAGGAAGUGCAAAGGCACGUAGUCCCAGCUCUCGAAGUGGAAUUCCCUCUACAGUGCCCCAUUAUAGUGAAAGGGAUCGAGAAAGAGCUUAUCCACCUGAGUCCUCUCGCUCUAAACGAGGUAACAGUGCUGAUUCAAGAGACAAAGAUCGUUACAGAAGCAGGGAUUCCGUAGAUCAUCUGAACUCAUCGGAUAGGGAUCGUGGAAGAGGAGACAGAGAACGUGGAGAACAUUGGAGAGAAGAUAGUAGUCGCAAGUAUCUCCAUCGAGACAGUCUACCUCCUCCACCUCUUCAUCCUCCUUUGGAUGAUUAUCGUGGAUACCAUCCACAUGCAGACUAUCCCUUGGAUUGGGAAGCUGACAGAGGUGCUCCAGCUAGUUCAUAUUUGGACCCACCUGAUUACCAUCCUCCACCUCCACAUCCAUAUGUGGAUGACUUGGGUCCACCUGUGAUAAGUCACAGCCACAGGUGGAGUCCACAUCAUAGCCGAAACGCUUAUGAUGAUAGAAGGGGUCUCAGUGGAGAUUGGAUGUCUCCAACACCAAGUGCCAUCCCAGCUGAUUGGGAGAGGGAACGUGAAAGAGGAAGGGUUAGCAGUCGUCGUCCUGCAUCUUAUAGAAGCAGCUCCCACUAUAAAAGAGAUGGAAGUGUGGAACACCGUAGGAGCAGAGACAGGAAAGACAGCUGGGUUGUACCUCCAGUGAAGCAAGAAGAUGCAAGGGAAGAAUCUGACAGGAAAAGAGUCAAAGAUGAAUCAGGUCCAUCCAGUUCAGGAGCUGAUGGCUGGAACAAUUAUUCAUACUCUGCUCCAGGAUGGGAUCAAUCAAAGGCAGAGUUCCCCUCAUCCAAGAGGUCAGGGGAGCGAGAUGACAGAGAUGUGGAGCCACCCUACAAAGCUGGUAAAUGGGAUAGUGAAGAAGCAACUGGACUGCAUCAUCCUGAUGUUAGUGCAGAUGUUCCAUCUCAGCUGUCUGAUGUCUCUGAGGACUCCAAUGAUAUUCUCAACCGAGACGAGCCAGAAGAAUCCUCUGAGCAACGGUGUGCUGAGACAGAUGUUCAAACUGAAGAAUCAAUGGGACUUGAGGAGGGGACAGAAGGAGAGACUGAAAAAGAGCGUACAUUGGAUGAAAUGGAAGAAGAGGUGGAGGAAGAGGAAGAAGAUGAUGAAUGGAAGACCAUUGACUUUGAAGAAAUCUCUGAAGAUGGAGAAGCUGAGUUUGCUGAGAGAACUGCUGAUGGGACUAAGCCAAGUAUUGCAGAUGCACUUGAUAUAGAUUGGGGCUCCUUGAUAUCAGAAACAAAACCAAAGACAAUUGCUCCAGUCAGUGCAAUGCAGAGAUUCACACCUAAGAGGAUCUUAUCCCAAAUAGGAAUUAGUGCUGAAGGUAGUGGGAAGGCCUUAUUAGACCAGGCCAAAAAUAUCCUGUCCCAUGUUGACUCUGAUGACACAGAGGACGAGAAAUUGUUGGACCCCAUGGCAUCUUUGCACUCAUAUAAAAGGCAGCAAGAAAGGGAAAAGAAGUCUCUUUUUACUGAUGUUGGAACCUUCUGUCGUGCUCUCACUGCAUCCCAUGAUCUCCAUCUUAGGCGCCAGUUAUGUGGCCUUCCUAAAGCUGAAGUCUGCACAGAAGGACUUCUGGGUUGCUUUAUGCUUCACUCAUCCAUUCUCCACCACAACCUCUGCAUUUUCCGUGCUCGGACAUGUGUGCACCCUGUUCUUCUUCCAUGUGGACAUCACUUCUGCUUCCUCUGCAUCAAAGGUGCUACUAACCAGUAUAAGAGAUGUGCAAUCUGUCGACAGGAAAUUCCUCAAGAGUAUCUGGAUCAUCCUCAUCUCAUCAACAAUAUAGACCUACAUAAAGAUUAUGCCUUUGAAGAUGGAUAUCAAUGGUUCUAUGAGGGAAGGAAUGGCUGGUGGCAAUAUGAUGAGCGAACAAGUGCAGACUUGGAAAAUGCAUAUAAACAAGGAGAUCGAACCUGUGAAGUCCUUAUUGCUGGCCUUUUCUAUGUCAUAGACUUCAACAAUAUGCUCCAAAUCCGGAGGAAUGAUCCAUCCCGGCGAAGACGUAUUAAAAGAGAUUUGGCAUCUAUUCCGAAGAAAGGAGUUGCAGGGCUGAGAAUUGAGAGUUCAGCAGAAGAGAGCCUUGUUGAAGAAAGGGGACAUCGUCAAACAUUGAGCUCAGAUCCACUUGCUCGAGGACCAUCCUUUUCUCCUAUCCCAGUCCCACCUACAAACACUCCACAAACACCUCAUACCCCAAGCACUGGUAGCUCUAGCUCCUCCCCUCAACAGCAAGAGUCCAUGUUGAUGUACUUGGAACAACUCAGGAUUCAAGAUGAAGAUGAGCCUGUAGCAAGCACUGGAGAAGGGAUGCAUCAAGCUAGUUCUUGUGUUCACCAGGACUUUGGAUCCUCCCCAAUUCGAUUUAGACUCCAAAGGCCUCCUCGUUCUCAUUCUCAUUCACGUGCUCGAUCCCUUUCAGCACCUUCUUUAGGCCCAGAUGAGUUAGAUGAGGCUCUUGUGUCCCUUUCCCUCUGUCCCACUUCACACCUCUGAGUGUUACCUUUGUACUCUACUUCAUAUCUUGAUGAAUUGCCCAGGAAUUAGACAAAAAACUAUUUCUGCAGAGGACUUUGCUGGUUGCAUCCGCACUACUGUACAUAUCCAUGCCAAAGUCAUGCCUUUUCCUGUACUCCCACCCCAACAGUUAUUUAGGUGACUCAUUAACCAGUUGGUGGCUUCUCUUUGCUGCAACAAUUUUCAAAUGACCUGAAUCUUUGCAAGAUAGGAAAUAAUAUUUUUCUGUGAUAUUCUUUUUAAUUAAAAAAUAGUGUACAGAGAGUUUGCCAUAGAAGCAUGAUGGUUCAUUGGUGUGAUAGUGAAAGUGAACCCAUAGGAAUGUCAUCAGGCAAGGUUUUUUAGAUAAUGUGAAUCAUGAAUGGUGUUCCAAGAUUUCUCUGCCAUUUCAUUGAUUAUCAUGAGUGUUGUAAUUUUUUUUCACCUCAUACUUCAUUGUGGGUGUGACAUGCGCUGAAUUUGUUUAGUUUAACCCGUAAAAUACAGAGACCACAGAAAAUUCCAAGAUAUUUUAAAUGUUUCUUGCUUGAUUCCACUGUUGAAGAAAAUAAGUUCAUUUUAGAGGGGAUAUGCUUAAUGUUUACUUGAUGAUGCCUAUUGAGACAAAUUUGACUCUACAUAAGAGUCUUCAGAAUGGAUAUAACAGGAAUGUAGGCACCUUGAAAAAAAAAGUUUCUAACGUUUUUGCCAUGAUAAGACCUGUCCAGAGUCUUAUAAUGGGGAAAGUAAAUAGUUCAUCAUAUUGAAUUUCAGUGCUACAUAUGGACAUGGGAAGGCGUUGAGCCUGUGAAUUCCGUUUUUCUCCCCUUCCCUAUUAAUCUUGACUGGUGCGCUUAUACAAAGUAGGUCGUUGCUCCUCUGUCCUUCCUUUGUCUUGACCCUGGAUUUCAACACCAUCGUGAUUCAUUUCUUUCAAGAAGGACAAGGGUCUGGCCAAAGUGAAAACCUUGGAGAUGGUUUUCCAUGCAUCUGCAAAAGAGAUGUGGCAAUACUCAAAAUCAUGAGAAAUUUAGCUGUGAUUAAAUGUUUUAGCUAUAUUAUAUUUCUGUCAUCAUAUGGCUUUGGUUUCAGGAAAAGAUUUGUGACUUUCUGU